UUAGAGCUCCAGCGGGGACAGAAUGUGGCUCCAGUCGAAGGCGGAAAGAAGGGCGACACUUAUCCCGAAGUUGUUGAGGUCUUUCCAAUCUGUGGAUUUCCGUUCCUUCUGGUUUUUUGGUUGUUUUUUUUCUCCCUCUGUAAGAACGCCAAAGUAACCCGUUCGGAUUAACACUUAAAAAGAGAGAGGAAAAAAAAAGAAAAGGAAUAGUUUGUUUUCUCAUUUAAAAAAAAGAAAGCUCAGCUGAAUCCUUAGCCCGGGGGCUGGCUUUCUCUCUGAUGCUGAAUCUACGCCGUGAAUACAGAAACUGUCGGACGCAGCACCUGAGCUGAAAGUAAAAGCAUCCGUGGUGCCACAUAUAGCUCGGGUCCCCCAUGCUCCGCCCCGUGAGUGCUGCCGAGCCCGUCGGUGCUGGUGCGUCCGUACUGGGCUGCAGCUGAAGCCGGGACGGGGCGGUGGUGCUGGUGGUCAUCAGAGGGCCCGGAGCCCCCCCGAUAGCAGGCGGAGGGGCCUGUCCUGUCCGAGCCACACGAAGAUGAACAGACUGACCUUCCACAACAACAAAACCAUGCAGGACCGCCGCUGUGUCUGUGUCUUUCUGCCCAACGACGACACGCUCAACGUCAUCGUCAACGUGAAGACCUUGUGCCAGGAACUGUUGGUCCAGGUGUGUGACCUCCUGAGGCUGAAGGACUGUCACCUGUUUGGACUCAGCGUUAUUCAGAAUAACGAACACAUCUAUAUGGAGCUGGAUCAGAAGCUCUCCAAAUACUGCCCCAAAGAAUGGAAGAGAGAAGCCAGCAAGGGCAUCGACCAGUUUGGGCCUCCGAUGAUCAUUCACUUCCGAGCUCAGUACUACGUUGAGAACGGGAGAUUAAUCAGUGACCGGGCGGCGAGGUACUAUUACUACUGGCACCUGAGGAAACAGGUGCUGCUCUCGCAGUGCAUCCAGAGGGAGGAGGCCUACUUCCUCCUGGCGGCCUUCGCGCUGCAGGCGGACCUCGGCAACUUCAAACGCAACAAGCACUUCGGGAAGUACUUUGAACCAGAAGCCUACUUCCCUCCGUGGGUGAUAGCCAAGCGCGGCCGCGAGUACAUCCUGAGGCACAUCCCCAACAUGCACAAAGACCAGUUUGCUCUCACGGCGUCGGAGGCGCACCUGAAGUACAUCAAGGAAUGCGCCCACCUCGACGACGUCCCCGUCCACUACUACCGGCUCUACAAGGACAAGAAGGAAGUCGAGGCGUCGCUGACAUUGGGACUGACUUUACGCGGUAUCCAAAUAUUUCAGAACGUCGGUUCUGUGAGGCAACUCCUGUACGACUUCCCCUGGACCAACGUGGGAAAACUGGUGUUUGUGGGGAAGAAGUUUGAGAUCCUCCCCGACGGCCUGCCCUCGGCCCGUAAACUCAUCUACUACACCGGCUGCCCGCUGCGCUCCCGCCACCUCCUGCAGCUGCUCAGCAACAGCCACCGGCUCUACAUGAACCUGCAGCCCGUCCUCAAGCAGGUCCGCCGCUUAGAGGAAAACGAAGACAAGAAGCAGUACAGGGAGUCGUACAUCAGCGAUGCGCUGGAGCUGGACAUGGACCAGCUGGACAAGCGGUCCCGAGCCAGCGGCAGCAGCGCGGGCAGCAUGUCCCACCACAAGCGCCUGUCCCGCCACUCCACGACCAGCCACGGCAGCUCUCACACCUCGGGCAUCGAGACGGACAGCUUCAGGGCCUCGGGCAAGGCGCCGCACCGGCCCCUGAGAACCUGCAGCUCGUCCACGACCAGCCACGGCAGCUCUCACACCUCCGGCAUCGAGAGCAGCGGCAAGGAGCGCAUACUGGACGAUGACGAGAUCGAGAUGCUUGUGGACGACCCCAAAGACUACGAGGAGCUCCACGAGAUGGUUCUGGACCAGGAGCUGUGCAUCCACAUCACCGAGGACAUGUUGACCAUGUCGCCCGAUCCCACCAACGGGUACUCAGGACUGAUCGUAAAAGACGUCAGCUCCUCCACUUCCAGCUCCUCUGAGACGGUCGUGAAGAUGAGAGGACAGAGCAUCGAGUCGCUGCCGCAGCUGCAGACGUCUGUGUGCAAGAAGCCUCAGCCUUCGACCGACCGACACAGCCAGUCUCUGGACGACGUCCGGCUCUACCAGAAGGACUGCCUGCAGUGGGCGGAGCUCUGCCAGGACACGGCCCACAGCUACACGUUCGGCUGCGCCCAGGAGCAGAGCGACGGCGGCGGUGGCAGCGGUGGCGGUGGCGGCGGUGGCGGUGGCGACGGCGGCGGCGGCUAUCAGGGCCUCGCCGAUCAGCGCGCCGGCAUGCUCGGCGAGCAGCACCCGUUUCCCAUCAAGAGAACCAACAAGUACUUCUCCCUGGAUCUGACCAGCGAAGAGGUCCCGGAGUUCGUGGUGUGAAGGCAAGAAGAAAAAGCAGACGCGGUGACCUUUUUCUGCCCCGACGUAGAGAUGCUUCAGCCCCCAGGGAACCAGCCGAGAGAGGAGCGACGGAGAAGAGGUGGUUUCCAGUAAGCCGGCGACGAGUCGGCCGACCCCUUCACUUCGCCACCUCGGACGAAUUAACACACACUAAACGAACAAGCACGGAGCACUCUGGCUGAAAGGGGAACUUAAAGAACGGACACUUGGUUCAGAGACAUCUUCACACCGUGGACCUGAGCGGCUCCGCUGUGUGGAAAGGAAAAACAAAAGGGAUCGUGUCAUCUUUCUAAAACGACAUUUUUAUUCAAACCUGCCUCCGAAACUCCAAAACUGGUUUUCCGGGGACCGACGCGUCGCGCCUGCCCGCUUCGAGAAGCCAUGGACGGACUGUGUGUGUGUGUGUGUGUGUGUGUGUGUGUGCGUGUGUGUGUGCGUGUGUGCACGUGGGCUCACAGCGGACGACGGAGGCUUCGAGCGGCCCAUCAAAGAUCUUCUCUGGAGGACAGAAACCUCUAUGAGCUACGAACCAAAGACAAGAAGUGGAAAUAAACAUUGUCCGACUUUUCCUCGGCGUGUAGCCAUGACGACAAACAUUGCAAAGUCCCGCUGGGAGGGAGGGAGGACCCAUAAUCCUUAAGAGAGGAAGCAGCCUUGGUUACUUCUUUCACUUCAUUUGACCUCAGCAGGAAGUGCAGUGUGCCAACCCCCCCCCCCCCCUGCUCGGACUGGACUCUUAAUCAUGGGAACAUCCCGAUGUGCCUUCAUCACUCUAUGCAGGUGUCAAACCGUCGCCUUGACAAUCACGCGUUCCUCAUCAACCUUCGUCGUUAUUAUUAAAAGAUUACAAACAUUGUCGCGCGCACAAAAACCUCGAAUGGGGGUUCUCCAGCGUCUUAAACGUUCCAACAGACUCGAUUCUUUCGAACCCUGUUUCAUGUCUCGUGAGUUUUCCCGGGAGGAAUGAGGUCGAGUAGGUUCCUACGUGUCCCGACUUGCGCGUCGAGUUCGCAGCCACGAAAGCUUCCUUUUGUAAUCUAAACUACAAAAUGGAGGCCCGCUCGGCUGCCGGGGGCCCCCGGAAAAAAGAAAACUUACAUUUUGAUGCGUACGAUGGCGUCUUCCUUUUUUCGGCCCGGUUGUCUUUUCACUCUUUUUUUUGUUUUUGUUUCAUGCAUUGUUAUUUUAAAAACUGGAAUUUGUGACAUUUGUAUUUUUAUUCCUCAUCCUCUCUUUCCAUGUUGUAUUUUUUGUAUGAACUGUCCAGACUUGUGUAUGUCGAACAGUUAAUCUGCGUGCGGUCGAUGUCAUUCAGUAUUACAAGCGGAUAUAUGUGACAGUAUUAAGGACGGGUGAUGUUUAUGGGAAUGAACCAGAAAUACUGGUUUUAUCUUUUGUUAAUCUCAAAAGAACUGGCGCCUGUUGUAGCUGACGGCUCUUAUUUCACAACAGGAGGUUGUUGCAGGUUAAAUAAACCAACACAUUGUACUCAUAAAUCACGCAGCUCGGAUUCAAAGUGCCACAGUUACCGCUUGGUCUGAUUUAUAUAUGAAUAAUAUUGUGAUUUUGUUUAAAAAGAUACAACCAUGAUAUUGAAAACAUUGCACCGUGAGCUUCAUCGUGACCACAGGAUUACAGUUUGGUUCAGAGGUUAUUCCUCCACAUGAUUACGGUUUUAUAAACAACUUUUCUCAGUUGGUUAAAAUGAUCCUUUAAGUUA